AUUAACAAAUAUAUAAGAAUACAAACCCCGAAACAAAUCUUUCAAACCAAUACUCAACAAAAGAGAAGAAGAAUGGCAUCUCUAACAACUCAAACCCUAAUCAUCACCAUUUUUUUUCUCGCAAUCCCAAGAUCAUUCUCAUCACCACCAUCACUCGAAGACGUUUUCGCACAAUGCUUAGCCGAUUUUAAACCUUCAAAUCCAAAAUCCCCAAUCCAAAACUUCAUCUACACUCAACAAAGCCCUAACUUCCUCACAAUCCUUAACAACUACGUCCGUAAUCUUCGUUACUUCAACAACACGACACGUAAACCCGUCGCGAUUGUAGCUGCCGCGGAUGUCACUCACAUCCAGGCUACGAUCACUUGCGCCAAGAAUCUCGGCCUCCAGCUCCGGAUCCGCAGUGGAGGUCAUGACUACGACGGUAUGUCGUAUUUAUCAACCAUUGAUUUCGUUGUCCUAGACAUGUUCAAUCUCCGGUCUAUCAAUAUAGAUCCUAAACUCGACACCGCGUGGGUCCAAUCUGGUGCUACGCUUGGAGAGAUCUACUACGGAGUCGCCAACAAAAGCAAUGAUCUUCGUGGAUUUCCUGCCGGAAUCUGUCCUGGUUUAGGCGCUGGUGGACAUUUUAGCGGUGGCGGUUACGGAAACAUGAUGAGAAAAUAUGGUUUAUCGAUCGAUAACAUUAUAGAUGCUAAGAUCGUUGACGCUAAAGGAAGAGUCUUGGACCGGAGCUCAAUGGGAGAAGAUCUUUUUUGGGCCUUACGUGGUGGUGGAGCAGCUAGUUUCUGUGUUGUCUUAGCUUGGAAGAUUAAGCUUGUUCCGGUGCCGGCUAAAGUCACAGUCUUCAACGUUGAAACCGUUGGAAACAGAGGAAGCGUGAACACCACGGAACUUGUAGCCAAAUGGCAAGAGAUCGCAGACAAGAUUGACUAUGAUCUGUUCAUAAGAUUAACUUUAGGCUCAAGCAACAAAACCGUGAAGGCUUCUUUCAUGGGAAUGUACCUAGGAAACUCAUCGAAGCUUCUAGAAAUCAUGAACGCGAGAUUCCCUGAGCUUGGUCUGAACAAAACAGAGUGUAUAGAAAUGAAAUGGAUCGAAUCAGUUCUGUUCUGGCUCGGUAUCCCACCAGGUACAGCACCAACAACGACUAUGCUAAACCGGAUCCCGCAAAAGCAAAUCUACCUCAAGAGAAAAUCCGAUUACGUCCAAAAACCGAUUUCAAGAACCGGUUUAGAGUCGAUAUUCAAGAUCCUGACAGAGAACGAGAACGUGACAAUGGCUUUUAACCCUUAUGGAGGGAGGAUGAGCGAGAUUCCAUCAACCGAGACGGCUUUCCCGCACAGAGCAGGAAACAUGUUCAAGAUUCAGUACGCAGCAAACUGGUUUGUGCCAGGGGAAGCAGUGGCUAAGGAUUGCUUGAGCCAGACGGAAAGAGUGUUCGAGGCAAUGAGCCCUUACGUGUCAAAGAAUCCAAGAGAGGCGUUUUUGAACUAUAGAGACGUCGACAUUGGAAAGAGCUUGAAUUCGACGUAUGAGGAAGGUAAAGUGUACGGAGUUAAGUAUUUUAAGGAUAACUUCGAGAAAUUGGUUAAGAUCAAGAGCAGAGUUGAUCCCGACAACUUUUUCCGGUACGAGCAGAGCAUUCCAGUGCUCUCCAGCCACUAGAGACUAGAGACACACUUCUAUUGACAAGUUUUACCAAAAUUUAUAUUUAAAAAUUCACAUGCAAGAUAUAAUAUAAGUAUUUGAUGUAA